GCGGAACCCAGCAGGGAACGCUGGCUACAAGUGCUGCGGCUGGGGAAUAGCGGACUUUCUCAUGGAGCCACGCGGACGCGAGUGCUCUCGCUCCAGCUUCUUUGAUAGCCGGAGCAGAAGGAAACUUGACAUCUCCUCUGAGGGAUUCUGUCACGGGAAAGUGUGAGUCCCUGGAUAAAUUUGGCUUGGUGACGGCAGUGUGCUCUCCCCAGAGAUACUGCCACUUCCUCCUUGUUCCUUCUCCACCCCGACCUGAGUUUCUCCCUGCUAACCCUGUGACAAGCCAGAAGAUUUUCCUUUCCACGCUCUUCUGCCACCAGUUCCCUGUGUCAUUUGUCUCCCUCUCAUGAGGAACUGAGGCUAAGGUGUCCUUAACCAGCCAUGGCUGUAAAGGAAACAGGGACCAGAGGAGCAGGCUUCUCUAUAGUGUGGGCUUAGAUUCUGCUGGGUUCUUAUCUGUGUUGCCACUGGCAGAAUUUCUGGAAAUUGCUGCUGCAGGAAUUCUAAGCAGCUCCAAUGGAGCUCCUCUCCCUGACUAAGAGGAACAGCCCAGAGGACUUGUACAAUACUCUGGACUGGAGUUCAGAAGGGACUCUUGGUGACCAGGUAGAGGGGACAGCCAUCAGAACUGCUCUUCGCUCACAGGAAAACUGUACACCCAUACCAAGAGCAGCUGGAGUGGAAGUGUCUAGACUUAGCCCUUCUCUGGCAUCCCCAACCUCCUUGCUCCAAGACAAUGCUAUUCAGCCAAGGUUUUCCUCACCAGGACCUCCUGACUCAGGGAACAACCAAGUGAUGGCAGAUCGUAAAGUCUGUGAUUGUUGCAGCCAGGAAUUAGAAACUUCUUUUACUUAUGUGGAUGAGAAUGUCAACUUAGAACAGAGAAGUCAGAGGUCCCCGUCAGCCAAAGGUGGUAAUCAUCCUGGAGAUCUUGGCUGGGGAAACGCUAACGAAUGGUCCCAGGAGGCUGCCAUUUCUUUGAUCUCAGAAGAUGAAGAUGAUGCAAGUUCGGAAGCCACAUCUUCAGGGAAGUCUGUAGACUAUGGCUUCAUCAGUGCCAUCUUGUUCUUGGUCACCGGUAUCUUGCUGGUGAUCAUUUCUUAUAUCGUCCCUCGGGAAGUGACAGUGGAUCCCAACACAGUGGCCGCCAGGGAGAUGGAGCGUCUAGAAAAGGAGAGUGCGAGGCUAGGUGCACACCUGGACCGCUGCGUGAUUGCGGGACUCUGCCUGCUCACGCUCGGGGGAGUCGUCCUCUCCUGCUUGCUCAUGAUGUCCAUGUGGAAGGGGGAGCUCUAUCGUCGAAACAGGUUUGCCUCUUCCAAAGAGUCUGCAAAGCUCUACGGUUCUUUCAACUUCAGGGUGAAAACCAGCGCUAACGAAAACACCCUGGAGCUCUCCUUGGUGGAGGAAGACAACCUUGCUGUACAGAGUUAACCCUGAACUUCGUGAGAGACAGCUGUGCAUUCUAUGUGAAAUAAUAAUAAUAAGUCGACAGCGUCCUUGGUUUGUUUGGCGAGAAAAGUUUUCUUUGGUUGUUGUUGUUUUUUCCACUUCCCCCAAACCAGCCAGUGUUUUGUUCCCAUGAAUCUUUUAUUAAGAAAAGCUGUGUAAGAUAUCAAAGAAACCAUGGCCAUCUCUGUCUGACUCACCGCAAACUGAAAACUAAUUCAGCUGGAGUGACCAUGAAUUUCUACUUCUGCAGAGAAGUACUUCCACUGACCCAUAUACAAGUGUUUUCUUUUACAUAAACAUGGACAUUAUUGUUGGGUACUGGAAGGGCUCCUGCACAGUGGGAUCACAUGGCAAUCUAUUCUGUGAAGCACAA